AUACAUACAGUAGCAGUUACUUCAAUCGUGAACAAUAUUCGGAGAAAACAGAUGUCAUUCCUCUGACGAAAAGAUUCUCUGAAACGAGAAGACGAUGGGUCCCAAAUUCCUUCUUUUGCCGACAAGAUCAAUCAUAUCCAUCGACGAAGAAGCGAUACAUGAUACAAAGAAACCAUCGUCGAAAGCAACAAAACACAAAACCGAACGACCGGGGUUUGGGAUCGAAUGACAUCCCUACGGAGCAAUACUACGGAUCGGGUCGGUCCGAUCUUAUCAUGGGACAUAAAGGACGACCGUUUGGAAGGUGCAGGCAGUUCCACAUCGCCGCGUCGGCCAUUUCGGUCGUCGGAGCAGCCACUUCCGUUCCUAUGAUUGUCGCCCGGGGGGGAGGAGCCCCACUCCCCCCACCCCUCCCCGAACCAGCAGGGGAUGGCGCGUCGAGAAUCCGGGAGGCCCUCCGAAAAGACUUUCCGGAGAUCGACGCCCUCUGCUCCGACGCCUACCUCGAAUCGGUGGCGAGCGUUCCAGGGCGAUCCCUGGAUUACGCAAUUCACCGGAAGGUCCGGGAAUCGCUAGAGUGGCGGAGAUGCUACGGAGUUGACGACCUGCGAAGUGCGUUUCUCCACGUCCGGGGGGAGGGUGGUGGGAGCGAAACCCAUCCGGCAACAAACGGUGGCGGGGUUUUUGUUCCUGCGCAUGCCCAAGAACCUUCGGAUCCCGAAGGGGGCGUUCGAGAACCAAAAGAGGUGAAUGCUACGACACCCACAACUUCCGAUGAUUCUCCGGUAUCCACCAACUCCGAGAACGGGACGAUCCGCGAGAGCCACUUUGUUCCGACCCCCGAAUUGGUAGAGGUCUGCGCCAGCGGCGCAUUUGUGCUAAGAGACGAAGAGAUGAUCGGUGAUCUUCGCGAUCCCGCGGUCCAACGUGACGAGGACGGAUCCUUUCGUCGUGAAAAUUGCCGCAGGCUGGUGGUGCACGCCGAUACGUCUCGUCUCAACUGGUGGCGAACUGGCGUGACAGCGGGGCUUCAGUACCACGUUUUGGUCUUGGAGGAAGCCCUCGAGCGGAUCCGAACGGAAAACCAAAACCGGGAGAGGAAUCUCCGAGAGAGCGUCGGCGAAGAAGCCGUGGGACCCCUCUCGGAAUCCCUCGUGAUACUCGUAGACACCACGAACCUUCCCCGCCUCCCUCCACCCCUCUCGGCUCCCCGCGGCAUGAUUCAGCUCAUGCGAAAGGCCUAUCCCGAUCGUAUCUACCGAAUAUACGUUGGCCCUGUCCACCCCUGGCUUCGAAAGCUCUACAACUACCUGAGUUCCUCCCUGCGACCGCGAACGAGGGAAAAGAUUGUCUUGCUAGACGAGGCACCAUCCUUGGCGAGAUUUGGUUCGGUUCGGACAUCCCUCCAAUAAAGUACAGUAAAUUAAAGUGGAUUUAAGCC